ACCUAGCUGGCGGCGAGGAUACCGGUUGCGAUGGUGUCCAACCCCGUGCAUGGCCUGCCCUUUCUACCAGGCACGUCCUUUAAGGACUCCACGAAAACAGCCUUCCAUAGAAGCCAGACUCUGGGCUACAGGAAUGGCUAUGCAAUUGUUCGUCGUCCAACAGUUGGGAUAGGUGGCGACCGGCUCCAAGUCAAUCAGCUGUCCCAGGCUGAGCUGGAUGAGUUGGCCAAUAAGGCACCAAUUCUAACUUAUGGUGAACCUAAGCAGGCCCCACCUGCAGAUUUUAUUCCUGCGCAUGUGGCCUUUGACAAAAAGGUGCUGAAAUUUGAUGCCUAUUUUCAAGAAGAUGUUCCUAUAUCAACUGAGGAACAAUAUAGAAUCCGUCAAGUGAACAUUUACUACUACCUAGAGGAUGACAGCAUGUCUGUCAUUGAGCCUGUGGUGGAAAACUCUGGAAUCCCUCAAGGCAAGUUAAUCAGACGUCAACGGCUGGCCAAGAAUGAUGUGGGAGAUCAUUACCACUGGAAAGACCUAAACAGAGGAAUAAACAUCACAAUUUAUGGCAAAACUUUCCGUAUUGUGGACUGUGACCGAUUCACACAGAUAUUUUUGGAAAGUCAAGGAAUUGAAUUAAAUCCACCAGAAAAGAUGGCUCUUGAUCCUUACACUGAACUACGAAAACAACCUCUCCGUAAAUAUGUCACCCCAUCAAGCUUCGAUCAACUUAAGCAGUUUCUCACUUUUGACAAACAAGUUCUUCGAUUCUAUGCAAUCUGGGAUGAUAGAGAUAGCAUGUUUGGUGAGUGUCGGGCCUACAUCAUUCAUUACUAUCUUAUGGAUGAUACAGUGGAAAUUCGAGAGGUCCACGAACGGAAUGAUGGGCGAGAUCCUUUCCCACUCCUCAUGAACCGCCAGCGCAUGCCAAAGGUUUUGGUGGAGAAUGCAAAGAGCUUCCCUCAGUGUGUGCUGGAAAUCUCUGACCAUGAGGUGUUGGAAUGGUUUACCGCCAAAGACUUCAUUGUUGGGAAACCACUCACCAUCCUUGGGAGAACUUUCUUCAUUUAUGAUUGUGACCCAUUUACUCGUCAGUAUUACAAAGAGAAGUUUGGAAUUGCUGAUUUACCACCUGUUGAUGUAAGCAAACAGGAACCACCGCCUGUAAAACAGGAAUUACCUCCUUAUAAUGGCUAUGGAUUAGUUGAAGAUUCUGCUCAGAAUUGCCUUGCUCUCAUUCCAAAAGCUCCAAAAAAAGACGUUAUUAAAAUGCUGGUGAACGAUAACAAGGUGCUCCGUUAUUUGGCUGCACUGGAAUCUCCUAUCCCAGAAGACAAAAAUCGCCGCUUUAUCUUCUCUUACUUCCUAGCCACUGACAUGAUCAGUAUCUUUGAACCCCCAGUUCGCAAUUCUGGUAUCAUUGGGGGCAAGUACCUUGGCAGAACUAAAGUUGUUAAACCACAUUCUUCAGUGGACAACCCCAUCUACUAUAGCCCUGGUGACUUCUUCAUUGGUGCUGUGAUUGAGGUGUUUGGCCAUCGGUUUGUUAUCCUUGAUACAGACGAGUAUGUUCUGAAAUACAUGGAAAGCAAUCCUGCCCAGUACUCACCAGAAGCGCUCUCAUCAGUUCAAAAUCUUAUCCAAAAGCGAGAAGCUCCAGCAUCAAAAUUGGAAAACAAGCAAACUGAAGAAGAUCCAGGCGUGCAGGAACUAGAAGCAUUAAUAGACGCAAUCCAGAAGCAGUUGAAAGAUUAUUCAUGCAAAGACAACAUUCGUGAGGCGUUUCAGACUUGUGACAAGGAAGCUUCAGGUUAUGUGGACAGAGAGAUGUUCUUUAAAAUCUGCGAAUCUUUUAAUGUUCCGAUUGAUGACUCCCUGGUUAAGGAGUUAAUCCGGAUUUGCUCUCAUGAAGAAGGCAAGAUUAACUACUAUAAUUUUGUGCGUGCUUUCUCAAACUGAUCUGGCCAAUGAGAGAAUACAACUUUUUGAUGUUGGACUCACACUUUGAAAUAGAUCUUGUACUCUCCACAGAGGCAUGUACAGAGCCCCUGAAGUUAUAUUUCUGUUUCGGUUCUUCUAUUUCACUAC